AUGGGAACAAGUUUGACGGAUCAGUUCAGGGAGCAGCUCCAUAGAUGGAUAGACGUCAACCAUCGCAUGCGCUUCAUUCUACUGUUUAAAGCUUCACGUGACGGCUGUGUGGCCACCACCUUUCACACUUUCUGUAACAACAAGGGACCUACCAUAACCAUCUUGUACAACACUAACGGCUCGGUGUUCGGAGGGUAUACCUCCACAAGUUGGCAUUCCAACAACACCUACUCAGCAGACGACAAGGCAUUCCUUUUUCGACUUAGACACAAUGGGAACUGCCAGCCACAAAAAUUCUCCAAAAUGCCUAGCGCUGAAAGUGCUAUUUAUGGGCAUGCUAAUUAUGGACCAACGUUUGGAGGAAGCAAUGGACAUGAUCUUAGAACAUUUACCGGCAUUAUCAAUAAAAAUGGUAACUUCUUUCCAUUAAAUGGUACUACAAGCCUAGGUAGUUACUACGAUAUGCAGGGACAAAGUUAUAACUCUGUGAUGAACGGACACAUGCAGGUAUUGGAUUUGGAGGUCUACGGUGUGGAAGAGUUGAAGAUGCUACAGAGACCCUGGGUGCGAAAUGUUGAAUGGAAUGCCAGAUUUAUGAAGGAGCUGAAGGAGUCCAUUGAAACAUAUAAACCCCUGCCUGGACUAGGUCUACAACAAACCAGAAUAUUGAUGGUAGGGCAGGUCGGUUCGGGAAAAUCAAGUUUCUUCAAUACCAUCAACUCCAUUUUCCGGGGACACAUAAGUGGUCAGGCAAACGCCGGAAGUGCUGAACAUAGCCUCACCACAACAUACCGUAUGUAUCAAGUACGGGACGGGUACGCAGGAAGACCUCUCAACUUCCGACUGUGUGACACACGCGGUUUAGAAGAGGAACAGGGGUUGGAUGAUCACGAGAUAUGUUAUCUUUUAGAUGGGCAUGUUCCAGACAGAUUUCAGUUUAACCCAGCCGUACCUUUAUCUCCAGAGGUCAUGGGUUUCGUUAAGGGCCCAGGUUUAGGAGACCGAAUCCAUUGUGUUGCAUUUGUGGUUGACAGUAGCACGGUUGACGUUAUUUCCGAGAAGGUUCUUGAGAGAAUAAAGAACAUGCAAACAAAAAUGAAUCAACGAUCCAUUCCACAAGUGGUAUUACUGACCAAGAUCGAUCGGAUUUGUGAGUUAGUGACUGACGAAAUAAGUGAUGUGUUCGUUAGUCCCACUGUCAAGGAAUGUGUGGACAGGGUUGCUAUGGUGAUGGGACUACCGAGGUCACACAUACUUCCGAUCAAAAACUAUGAAUGUGAAGUGGAGCUGGACCAGAACGUUAACAUUUUGUCCCUCCUUUGUCUCCGACAGGUCCUUCAUUUCUCUGACGACUACCUGUAUAAUCAGCUGGACCAAAUAGAGACUGAAAAAGCAGCUCUAACACAAAUGAAAGAGUGA